GGCUGCGAGCCGAUGCACUUUUUUUGCCACGCCUGCCAAGGCAUCAUCCUCGUCUUAGAUCUCGGCCAAGGGCUCAACAAACCGCAGCUGACCCUCCUCUGGCCGAUCACCAGCUCCCAUCGGUGCUCUGGAGCUCUCCACCCCCUCUGCCAUCAGCCCAACCAACGCACCAACGGGCCAGCCCUGUCAGCCACCGCUCUCCCCCUCAUCCGAACCCGCAUCGGACUGAUCGCCAAACUAGCCCCUGUCUCGACCCUUGCUCUGCUGCUCGAUCCCAUCAACAUGGCUGCCGCUCCACAACAGGGCUCAACGGCCCCGCCCUCGUCCUCGUCCUCUGAACCUGUCAAGGUUGCCGUCAUUGGCUCUGGCCUCGCCGGUCUGACGACGGCCUUUCUGCUUUCAUCUCUGCAAGACGACAUCACCCAUGCUCGUGUCUUUGAGGUUCAUCUGUUUGAAAAGUCAAGCUCCCUGGGCAUGGACUCGGCGUCGAUUCCGGUGCCGUGUGAAUGCUCAGAUUGUGCCUCAUCGGACAAAGCCAAGGAUUCCGAGGCUCUCAAACAGCCCUCCGAGCCACACCAGACGGGCCGCAUUGACGUCCCCAUGAGAAGCUUCUUUCCAGAGUAUUACCCCGUCCUGACCAAGGUGUACAAGUAUCUGGGCAUCACCACCCAAGUGACCGAUAACUCCAUGUCGUUCUUCAAUCUUGCCAACAACCCAUCAGAGCCAACCGAGUUCUUCCCCCUCCCCAGCACUUUCCCCCACAACAACCCACUGUCGCCCUCGGCGUCGCCCGCCCUCUCCAGGGGCUCCAAUGGAAACGAAAGCAAGCAGCCUUCUGGCACCAAGCCGGCAGCAAGCGGUACCAACCAUGCCUACUUUACAUUCUCGACGCACUACAUCCCCUUUACCAACAACACCUUCAGCACGCCUGAUCUGCCGUCGCUGUUCCUGCUGCUGACCCAUCCGCUCGCCUUUCUGGGAUUCUGGGUCCGGAUCGUGCGAGUGUGUCUGGACUAUCUGCGUCUGCUGGCGAUCUCCAAGUGGGCCUACUCCCGCAACGAGCUGCUGACCUACCGCCCGGGACAGAUCUCGAGCGAAUCGCCGUUUGCCUCCAUGACCGUGGGCGAGUUCUUCCGCAAGUACCGGUUCUCGAACGAAUUUGCGCGUGACGCAUUUCUGCCGCUCUUCUCGGGUGUCUGCACCUGUUCGUUUGCGUCGCUGGAGCAGUUCCCGGUCGCGGCUGUGCUUGAGUACGUCGCUCGCUGCAUGCCCUUUGGCCGUAUGUCGUUCGUGGACUGCGGGAUCAACACCGUCUGCCACAAGCUCUCUCGCAAUGUCGAUCAUGUUCAUUUGUCGACCAGGAUCGUGCGGGUCGAGCCAUUGGUAUCACCCAAGCCCAAGCUGUCGCCCUUUGGCACCCCGCUGGUGCGAGUCGAAACCGACCAGGGCAAGGUCUUUGAGUUUGCUCAUGUUGUCUUUGCGACCCAGGCCAACCAGGCCGCACAGCUCCUGAGGCAGAGCUCACAGCAGGCCGGGUCGGAUGCGGCCGACUCUGCUGGUGACUUUGAUCAUGCCGAGCAGGACCAGAUCAAGACCCUGGACCGGUUCAAGUACGAGCGAUCCCUGGUGGUUUGCCACACGGACGAGUCGCUCCUGCCCGCCAAUCCACUGCUGUGGAGGUGCAUGAACUUUGCUCAUGUUCAGCGAUCGGACCCAUCCUUGUCUCCCAGCAGCCGUGGCGACGAAUCCAGCAUCUCGUACUCGCCUCAAGACGUCAGCAUGUGCACACACUACAUCAACAUAUCCCAGCCCAACCUGCCCCGGCGCAUCUUCCAGACCACAAACCCCAUCAUGAUGCCCGAUCCCGAGAAGCAGAUCCACUCCACUUGGUUCGAGCGUGCCGUCGUCACCUGGGACAGCAUGAUGGCGAUCGAUGAUCUGAACAUGCUUCAAGGCAAAGGCCAGCGGUGGUUCGUGGGCUCCUAUGCCUAUCCGGGCAUUCCUCUCCUCGAAGGCUGCGUCGUGACAGCGAUUGAUGUUGCGCAGGGGAUCGCUUUGGCCUGUGGCGGCCGACGACUGGUUCCCGAAUGGGAGCGUUGAAUGCUCGCGACUGUCGUCCUGGGAGGGAUUUUGGCACGGCAGCAUGUGCAUGCAAUCAGACAAAUAUAGCACAUACGUGCGUACAGGGUUU